AUUUUUAAUAUAUAUAUAUUUUAGAUUGCUUUUUCAAAGUCAAAAAUGGAAGUUUAUAGGAUAAAAAUAAUGAGAUUUACAUGUGCAAACAAAAAACUUCAUGUGUAGAAAUUUAGAAAAACAAUUGUUAUAAUGGCAGAUUCUGGAGAAACAUUAGGAGUUAGUAACCUCAUUAAACAAUUUUCUCCUGCAGGAAUUGGGUCUAAUAUCGAAAAACCAAGCCCAAAGCCACGAAAUUUCAGAAAUAAGACAGAUGUAGUACAGAGACCUUCAAAUUUAGAUCUUCCAGAAAAGCCAACGAUUACCCAAAAACCUGCACCAUCACCUCGACCGGGAUUAUCACCAUAUAAUUUAACUUCAAAAAGAUCUUUUUCAUCUAGUGAAUUAGAUGAUAUUAACAAAACAGAAAAUAACUUGAACUCUACAAUAAAUAAAGCUAAUAAACCAAUUCCACCUCCAAAAAAAGUUACGAAUUUAUUAGAAACAAAAGCGAAAAAUGCAAACAAUAUUCAAUUUAUUGAAAACCAACAUAAUCUAAAAGAAGACAUCCAUGUAUUACCAUCCCCUAGUCAAACACACGAUUUAGAAAAAAUUAAUGGGAAAAACAUUCAGUAUGAAAACACAGAACUUAAAGAAAACAAAGUAAUAAGAAAUAAAGAAAGUUCAAAUAACGACUCAAAAAUAAAUACUCUUGAUGGUCUUGCAAUUGUUAAUAACAAUCAUAAAAAGCUCAGUAAAGCAAAUCAUAUUUAUCACAAUAAUGUUGCAUUUAAAUCAACUGAAAAAAAUCCUCAUCCUAUUAAAGAGAAUUUAGCUUCAAAGCUUGAAAAUAGUGAUGAAAAUUGUAGUGGUUAUAACAGCGAUUAUGAAUUUCCAUAUGAUGAUAGUAUUGUUCCAGGAAAAAUUAAAGUUUCUGGUAACAACAACAGUUGUGAAGAUUCAAACAAUAAUUUUUCAUCAAAACAAUUCAAGAAAAUUAAUAUUGAUACUAAUGAUGAUAGUAGUUCCGAUGACUAUGAUAAACCUGAGGAUAUUGAAAUUUUGAAACCAGUUUCCUAUAACAACAAAAAACAAUCAACUGCUAACAAAAAUAUUCAUGAUGAUUAUGAAAAUCCAAAUGAGAAAUUAUUUGUGCCUACUAUACAAGUUGAUCACCAGCGCGAUGAAAGCUCUGAUGACUAUGAUGAUCCAGAUGAUGUUGAAUUGUUGGGUGUCAAAGCUCAACUUGUUCCAACAAGUACAAACAAUCUUAUAUCAUCUAGUGAUGACGACGACAACUAUGAAGAUCCAGAAACUAAUGUAAGUACAAUACCACCAUUAGCCCAUAAUAGUGAUAGCCUUGGUCGUGGAAAUGUUCUAAGUCCUGAAAAGUAUGUGCCGUUACAUCUUAAUAAUGACUUUUUGGAUUGUACAACUUAUAUUGACCCUGCAAAAGUUUUCAGUUCAUCACCUAAUUUUUCAAACAAACACUAUGAUGACAUUUAUGAUGAUGAACCUUUGUAUCAAGUAUACACAGCAAAAAAGUUGGAGGACGUUCACAGAAAAAGCAAAAAAUCCAACUCAGAUGAUAGUUCGGAUGAAUAUAAAAAUCUAUUCAAAAAUUCCAAGUCUCCAAUACGAUUAUUGUGGGCUGAAAUUCCAGAAGUAUUAAAAAGCGGAAUAUUAAAUACUAUUGAACCAAACGAAAGAAAAAGACAAGAGGCAAUGUUUGAGGUAAUUACAUCAGAAGCUUCGUAUUUGAAAAGUUUAGAUAUUCUUAUAUCUCACUUCAUGAUGAGCAAAGUUUUUUUACCAAAUCCAAAUCUUCCAUCAUCAAAUCCAAAUGAAGUGCAAUUUAUUGAUCGUCAGCAAUAUCACUUUUUGUUUAGUGGACUAUCAUCAGUUAAAUCAGCUAGUGAGAGAUUUUUAAGAGCUCUUCGAAAGCGCCAGCAAGAAAAUGUUCUAAUCAAUUCAAUAAGUGAUAUUAUUUUAGAAUUUGCCAACUCUGAGUUUAAUUGCUACAUAAAGUAUUGCUCUAACCAAGUUUUCCAAGAUCGCACCUUUCAAGCAUUAGUAAACACAAAUCCGCAGUUUGCUGAUGCAUUGAGAGAAUUAGAAGCAGAUCCCAAAUGUCAGGGUUUGAGCAUGCAUUCUUUCCUUACCAUGCCUAUGCAAAGGAUAACUCGUUUGCCAUUACUUGUUGAUGCAAUAAUCAGAAGAUGUGAACUUCAAAGUGAAGAAUAUCUUUCAACUGAAAAAGCUUUGAAAGCAAUUCAUAUAGUUGUCCACAAUUCAAAUGAAGGUGCAAGAAAGAUGGAGCGAACAGAAGAAAUGUAUUAUAUUCAAAAAACCCUAGUUUUUAAAACUAAGCCAAUACCAUUAGUUUCAGCUUCUAGAUGGUUAGUAAAAAAAGGAUUUUUAUAUUGUCUACAUGAAGAAGGUCGUUUAUCAAAAUACAAAAAUCAGUUGAGGCAAAUCUUUAAAGGAAAGUGCAAAUCAAUCUUUUUGUUUUUAUUUACUGAUAUAGUAAUUAUAACAAAAAUGAAGAGUGAAGGACAGUUUAAAGUUAUUGAUUACUGUCAGCGUUCUUUACUCAAAGUAGAAGAACAGAAAAAUAUACAAACACCAGAUCCUCCAAAAGUUAAUACUCUCCAAAUAAACCCAUUAAAAUAUGCCUUCACACUAAUUUUACUUGAGAAUUGCAACAACAAAACUGUUGAAUAUCACUGUUUUUUAAACACAUUAAAUGAUAAAACACGUUGGGAUGAAGUUUUUUUCCCAAAUCAAAAUAAUGUUGUUGAAGGAGAAUCUAUAUAUGAUGAUUUUGAUUGUCCUCAAGUUCAAGUUAAACGUGCUUAUCAAGCUCAACAGAGUGAUGAACUUACACUUAUUGAAGGUGACGUCUUGAAAGUUCUUCGAAAGACUCCUGAUGGAUGGUGCGAAGGAAUGCGCCUUCGAGAUGACGAAAAAGGAUGGUUUCCAAUCGACAACACAUAUGAAAUCGAUAGUAAACACAAGCGUGCUAAGAAUCUUAUGUUACGAUAUAGAUUACUUACCUACGCGCAGCAAAAUAUCACAAAAGGAAUAUAUUAAAAAAUAUAUAUAUAUAAUUAAGCUUGUAUUAAUCGUAUGUUGUUUAGGUAAAAGGAGCCGCCACCGCUACUUAAAGGACAAGAAUGUUUUUGUUUUUAACAUAUGGUUCUUAUUACACAGUCCAAAGUACCAUUAA